AUGAGGAAAUUGAAUACUGUGCUAUCACGGAAAGGAGUUUCACUAGCUCGGAUGCCCGAGAAUAGUCCGAACGAGGAUGGGCUUACCACAGUGGAAUCGGAGCACGUUACAGUCAAGCGCACACGAAUUAGAGCCCGCCCGGAACAUAUCCUUACCAGCCCGAUUGCUUCGUUAACCGACUGGCGAAAACGACGGAAAGCAAAACGACAAAUCAUGUAUCGUCAUCUGAUACGACUACGUUUUCGUUGGAGCCUCUUGCUUGCAUAUGAGCUGUCGGGCUCCGUACGGGUUGCUGCUCUUCGGAAGCAGCAGCUUCCAGCUGACAUCGAAUUGAGGUGUCCACCGUACAAUUCCUAUGAAACUGGUAAUGCGAGUUCCACUUUAACUGUUCUGACACUGAAUGCUCUGCCGUAUGAGUAUCGCACGUCGGCCAUGUCUUCACUCCUGUUGCUGUUCGCUGUACUCGAAGGAAUGUGCGGAUUUGUGUUACCCAUAUGCAGUGCCUUCAGCAAACCUACCGGAUCGUUGAAACGGUACUACUACGAGGAUUUCCUUCUGAUUCAGUACUGUCUUUCAAUUCUCGCAUUGUGCUAUCUUCAAGCACUGAUUUGUUAUUACGACCAAAAAGAGAAUUUACGACAAAAGCGCCACUUGAAAUUUCUACAAAAGUUGAACGAGGAAGAGCAUCAGGAUUAUUCAAUGCAAAUGACCGUCCGAGAUGAACCGGAUAGCUAUGAAUAUUCUUCCCCGAUGUCUCAGCGUUACGCAUUCACAGAGAACGUAGCGCCCAAUACGAAUCCGCCUGGGGAUCACUCCAUGGACGGGAAUCUUCCCGAUCCCUGCAAGCCGCUGGAACAAUCCAGUGUGACUGUUGAGUCACUUCCUGCACUCUCCGAAUUUCAGAUACCCCGAGGCAACAAUCAGUCACAAAAAGUCAAAUUUAGUUUGUGCACUGUAAAUCACGAUUCGUCCUCGAAUCCGGUCGACACGGUGCAUGUGGACUGUGAUGAAUUGGAGCCCGGCGUUGAAAGCUGCAACGCGGUUCAUACAAACUCUGUUCCGGUCACUGUUGUGGCAACAGUGACGACACCAACCACCAUGGUCACAUCGUCCAUCAACCCUGUGGUGAUUCCGACUCCGUUGGAUCUCAGUCCCUUACCCAUCACCGACUGUCCGCUCACUCCGGAUUCGAUUCAGCUGGCCAGUCCGAGCGAGUCGUCCACAGUGAAUCGUGUACGUCGAUACGGUACGGUUCGUCGCAAUACCAUGGUCCCAUUCAAAUUCCUAUUCGGUGAUGAUCCGGAAAACCCAAUAGCUCGGGGCAAAUAUUUGUCUCGAGAUUCCGAGGGGGUAAACUUGUAUCUAAGACUCGGAGCCGUUGGAUUCGGAUUUGGGGUGAUGAUUUUUGAUGGAUUUAAAAUUGCGGAGCCCUGGGAGGCGGAUAUUACUGGAGCUGGUCAAUGUCACAGUUCCCUUUGGAUUCCCAUCCACGUGCUGCAUUUUGUUUAUGUAUUCUGGCAAACCUACUUCCUGUUCAAGCAUCAUCAGAUAGUGUUCAAUGUACAAAAAUUUGCCCUGCGAUUCCUUCUGUGUCAUUUGGCGGUGGCCAAUUUGUGCCAGUGGUUGAAGACCAUUGUGGAUGAGAUCAGUGACGAACCACCGCAUGAGGCUGAGACUGUGGCGAAUGAGUCCCACUCGCUGUGGGCUGCAUUCGGUCACAAUCUAGUCAAACGAAGCAGCCAGUUCAAUCUGUCCCUGGCCGAUGUUCAUUCAACCUACCCCGUGGAAGUGAUCAACUUUACCAGUGCUUACACAACGGAAGCGGAAACACAUCACUUGGGGAGUUGUCGUUCAACAGCCAAAUAUCUCGCCCCGUUUCUGUUCCCGUGCGCAAUAGAAUACAGUCUCAUUGCCGGAGCGAUUUUCUACAAAAUGUUUCAAAAAAUCGGUCACAUGCAAGAAGAGUCCGAGAGACUGGCUCGUAUGCGGAAAGCGAACAACCUGACCAGACGAUUUGCCGAGUGUCAUCGUUCGCACAAGGGCCUAUUUAUAGGCUUGCUUCUAUUCAUGGCCACUUUGGUCACAAUGUGUCUGUUCUUCAUUUUUUUCACCAAGGAAAAUAAGAAACACACGGCUAUCACACUGUACCAAUGCACUGAACUGGUAUUGUUAGCACUUAGCUUGCUCACCUGUAUCGCGACUAUGCUACGAUUCCGGGUGCUCAAAUUUAGUGAACUCUCCGAGGAGGGUGCGUUUGAUGAUAAUUUGCUCCUGGUCGGACUAAUCGGAAUGAUUUUCUACGAUUUAUUUCUUCUCGUCCCGGCCUUGGAAGCGUUUCCUUCGGGGAUAACUGUGGCACGACUGUUUGCGGCAAAAGCGUUGCUGGAGAUUGUCCAAUCCAUGCUACAGGUAUUCUUCAUCCUUGAGGCAUCUAGACGAUGCGCUGGCAGCCUGGCUCACGUUCGGAAUAAACCCGGCCGGACAUUGAUCACAUUUUUGCUCAUUUUGAAUCUGGCCAUGUGGUUUGUGAACACGUUUGAGGUGAAACGGGCCGAUAACCAGAGUAUUCAUAUAGAUUACUACACCGGGAUGGCAUGGAAAAUUAUUACCCACAUCGCUUUGCCCAUGAUUGUCUUUUUCCGUUUCCAUUCCACUGUUUGUUUAUCUGAUAUCUGGGCUAAUGCGUAUCGUUUUCGUGCGGACUAG